AUGGAGCAACAGACGCUUAAACGCCUUACCCAAGCACGUGGUCGGCUAAAGGCUACCAUAACUCGCUUGGUCAAUUACAUUGAGAAUCCACCUCCACAGAGCACUUACUCCGGAGUCGAUGCCAUGCUGGCACGGCUAAAUCAAGCCUUCAGAAGCCUUGAGGAGAUCACUGACGAAAUGCACGUGUACGAUAACGUUGAAGGUUUCGAGGAUCCUACCGAAGAUUUCCAAUUGUAUGAGGAGAAGUACCUGCGCGCGCUUACCUUAUUCGCGUCGUUGAAGAGCGAACUUCAGCCAAGCGCCAUACCUCAAGCGGAUCACAACAUGGCCACAUUGCUGCAACAGCAAAGUGAGUUCUUGCAGCGACUUGCUGAGAACGGAGCAUCUACCUUGGCCACGCCGCCGCCUGCUGCAGUUUGUUUAAAUGAAAACCCGUUGCCGAAAAUCCACAUCAAACCCUUUGGUGGAGACUACAAGGAAUGGCCAGCCUUCAAGGACAUUUACGAGAGCACCGUCCACAAUAAGACCCACCUGGGAAAGAUUCAGAAGUUUCACUACCUUAAGUCUUUCAUAGUUGGUGAAGCGGCCAAUCUUCUCAGUCACAUGUCCAUUACGGAAUCAGCUUAUGAUUCAGCAUGGGAACGCCUCAAUGAUCGCUAUGAUCGCCCAAGACAUAUCGUGAACUCCUUACUGGACACUUUCAUGGCACUGGCUGCUGCCCCCACCGGCGAGGUGUCUAAUCUACGCAAACUUACUGAUGGCGCCAAUGAAAUCAUUCGUGGGCUAGAUGCAGUUGGGGAGACAAGCCGUGAUUGCUGGGUGAUUCAUCUUGUACUAGCUAAAAUUGAUCCCGACUCUAGAAGGAAGUGGAUAGAGGACACCAGAGGCUCUGCGACACCAACCGUUGCAGACUUGUUUAGAUUCCUUGAUGACCGUUGCGAGGAUUUUGAAUUAAGCCAAGCUACAUCGGCAAUUAAACUCGAUACUGGCAGCCACACGGACAAGGCUGCCAAAGCGAAGCGCGCACUUAUUGCAGUGAACCGUGGCAAUUGUAGUAAGUGUGGCUCUGCUGACCAUCAGCUGUAUAGAUGCUCUCAAUUUCAAAAUCUGAACACCGAACAUCGGCGCUCCUUUGUGAAAGGAAAGUCGCUUUGCUUCAAUUGUCUACGCCCUGGCCACCGAUCUGCACAAUGUCAAUCGAAACAUUCGUGCAAGCACUGCAAUGGCCGUCAUCAUUCUCUUGUACAUCCUGAAAACAUGGAUUCCAUGACAGUUCCUCCUGCGGACACUGUACAGGCCAGUCCUCAAACUUCUGGAUGUAGCUCAACUUUGGUCGCCCAGACGCAAAACAGCACCUCAUUAACACAGUCAUCGGGACUCAAAAGAAGCACAUUGCCCACAGCUUUGGUGUAUGUCCAAAACUCAAAAGGGACUUACACAAUUUGUCGUGUGCUUUUGGAUAGCGGCUCUGAGCUAUCCUACGUUUCUGAACGAUGCAUCAACGCACUUGGGCUCGCUCGUUCACCCUCAAGAAUUCUAGUUUCCGGAAUAUCUUCCGUCAAGGCCAAAACUACUAGAGGAUUGGCAACGCUGCAUAUCAAGUCAAUGGUGUCACUUCAUACGAUUGUUGUCGCAGCCCAUGUGCUGGGCAAAAUCACAUCAUCACUUCAACGGGACGACAUUGACGAAACAGCUUUAAGGAUCUACGAUGGACUCCAGUUAGCCGAUACUUCGUUUAACACAUCUUCACCUGUAGACAUUUUACUGGGAAACGAACAAAUUUGGUCCGUUUUGUCAGGUGAUAAAAAAUAUGACACCGAUGGAAAUAUUAUUGCCAUCAGCUCAAUCUUUGGAUGGAUAAUCACUUCAGUUGCAAUGCCGCAACCAUUAACCGCCAACACGCUCAUGACUACUGUUGACAUUAACGCCUCUCUUCAACGCUUUUGGGAGAUCGAGGAUAACACUGAGCAUACACAACGAGACCCUGCGCACGAAAAGGUAGAGCAGCAUUUUCUGACCACACAUUCCCGAGACCCAGACGGCAAAUACAUCGUUGAAUUGCCUUUUAAACACGAAUGCCAAGAGUUCGGAGACACCCUGCACGGCGCUGUCUCACGCUUCUAUGCUGUGGAACGUCGUCUGCAGCGUGAUAUGGAGCUACGCAAGCUAUAUUCAAAAUUUAUGAGCGAGUAUUUAAGCCUAGGUCAUAUGCGUAAGCUGCCCCCUGAAGAAUGCAACACAUCAGCAAAAACGUUUUAUAUGCCACACCAUCCAGUUCUAGGAAAGAAGCUGCGCGUGGUAUUUGACGGGUCAUAUGAAGACGUAAACGGGCACGCUCUAAAUGACGCCUUACACAUCGGACCCAGCAUACAACGCAACCUUUUUCAUGUAUGCCUUCGCUUUCGAAUGCACAAGUUUGUGUUUUCGGCGGACAUAGUUAAAAUGUUUCGCCAGAUCUGGGUUGCCCCUAAGCACCGCAACUUUCAACGCAUCGUAUGGAGAGAGGCUCCGAAAGAUCCUCUUCAACACUUUCAACUCUGCACAGUCACCUAUGGAACAAGCUGUGCACCGUUUCUUGCUGUCAGAGUACUGGAACAACUAGCGCGAGACCACCAGGAUGAGUUUCCCACAGCCUCAAAAAUUGUGCUUGAGGACUUUUACGUAGACGACGUCCUCACCGGCGCUGAAACUGAAGACGAAUUACUUAGCCGCCGCGACGAACUCAUCCAGCUGAUGUCCAAGGCUAAGCUUGAGCUUGGCAAAUGGGUGUCUAACAGCAGCGUCAUCCGCCACACCCGGCAAGACGAGCUCCAAAUAACCAGUGCGGUUAAAGUUUUAGGAAUGCUAUGGAAUCCCCAAGACGACGUCCUGUCCUACAAACCUUCGCUUUCUACGGAGCCAGAUGCUACUAAACGGCAAGUAUUGUCAGAUGUCUCACGAAUUUUUGAUCCUCUAGGUAUUCUGGCGCCUGUGGUAGUACAGUUCAAGAUCCUUUUCCAAGAACUCUGGCUGCUUGACCUGGACUGGGAUUCAAAACUCCCACCGAAACUGGCUGAGUGGUGGCAAACCUGUCGCGACGAUAUCAACUACAUAACCAACCUAAGGAUUCCACGUUAUGUACACAGCGAACCGGGAAAAAUCGAAUUACAUGGAUUUUCAGAUGCAUCUAUAAAGGCAUAUGCCGCUGUUGUUUACAGCCGUGUAAGCAACGCAGACGGCACCUGCUUGGUGUCACUUAUGGCAGCCAAAACACGCGUUGCGCCACUAAAGCAACAAAGUCUUCCUCGGCUGGAACUCUGUGGCGCGCUAUUGCUCACUCGCCUUCUCCGAGCUGUUAAAGAAGGAUUGCAUCACAAGGAUAUAGUUGUGCAUGCUUGGUGCGAUUCCACGAUUGUCCUUUCGUGGCUGUCGCACACCCCAUCGAAGCUGAAGACCUUUAUUGCGAACCGUACUUCGGAGAUCCUAGAUGUCAUACCACGCAGCGCAUGGCAUCACGUUGGCUCAAAGGAUAACCCUGCCGAUUGCGCAUCGAGGGGAAUGCUAGCAUCCAAUCUCAUGAACUAUGAACUGUGGUGGAAGGGACCACAUUGGCUACACCUCGACGAUCUGCUUGCUUCAAAGCUGCGUAGUGGCAACAAUCUCACAACAAUUUUGGACACGCCCAUAAUGGAUGGGCUGAAAUCCUCUUCACUAUCCAGCCGUGUUGAAUCUGAACCUGAAGCGUCCCCGAUUGAGUGUCUAUCGUUUCGAGUUUCUUCCUGGACCAAGCUAAUUCGCUGCACUGCUUAUGUUUUACGGUUUAUGCAUCGAGGAAUGAAGAAACGGAUUCCGUCAAGCCUCACACUCACGUUUGAGGAAAUCAGCGAGGCCCGCAUUUAUUGUCUAAGGCAGGCUCAAGGAAGCUUCUCAUCCGAUCUACACCUGUUGCAAAGGGGAAAAGCUGUGGCAAAUUCAUCAACACUUCGAACACUGUCACCCAUGGUUUGCAAGAAUGGCCUGCUUCGCGUAGGUGGGCGCCUCUCAAACUCGCUACUACCGGAGGAAGUCAAGCAUCCAAUUAUUCUGCCGAAACAUCAUCGCAUUUCUCUGCUUAUUUUGGAACACGAGCACAGGAUACAUCUUCAUCCAGGUGUGACAGCACUUUUCGUCAUCGUUCGCCAACAAUAUUGGAUAGUUGGCGCACGCAACAUGAUUCGUAAGCUUACACAUGCUUGUCUCAAAUGUUUUCGCCAACGCCACAAAACAACUGACCAAUACAUGGCGGACUUGCCAGCUGUUCGGGUACGUCAAGCAUACCCAUUUGAAAAUACUGGGUGCGAUUACGCCGGACCGCUUCUACUCAAGGUGCACAAGGGACGGAAUCCACGAAAGGAAAAGGGAUACAUUUGUCUAUUCGUCUGCCUAGUGACCUCUGCAAUUCACUUAGAGUUGGCUACAGAUCUCAGCACGGAUACAUUUCUUGCUGCACUUCGUCGUUUCAUCUCCCGUCGCGGCAAGUGUACCCACAUCUUCAGCGACAACGGUCGCAACUUUGUGGGAGCAAAGAAGGUGUUAGACGAAAUGUAUAAGCUCAUCCUAUCACUGCAGCAUAACACUCAAGUAACCCAAGCGUUGGCCAGCGAGGGUAUCAAAUGGAGUUUUAUACCACCGCACGCACCCCACUGGGGCGGAAAAUGGGAAUCAGCUGUUCGCUCCGUAAAGCUGCAUCUGCGUCGUGUCAUCGGGAAUUCCAUCCUCACAUUUGAGCAAAUGCACACCCUUCUGGCUCAAAUUGAGUCCGUCGUCAAUUCACGCCCACUCUUCGCUACGUCAGACAUCGAGGUUUCCUACUUAUCACCCGCACACCUGCUGAUUGGACGCCCUUAUACAUCACUUCCAGAGGGCGAUCUUGGCCACAUAGCAGUUAACCGACUGGAUUACUGGCAAAAUGUACAGGCAAUGCUACAAGGCUUUUGGAAGAGAUGGCAUCAGGAGUACCUCACUUCACUUCAACAGCGCCCUAAGUGGAAUACGGAGAAGAAUAACAUUGCUACUGGGGAUAUGGCGAUCAUUAAGGAUUCAAACACACCCCCCCGCCGCUUGGAUUUUAGCGCGCAUAAUUGA